AUGCUCUCGUGGGAAGUUUUAGAGACACAUUAUCCUUCGGAACAGCUGCACCUCUAUCCUUUUGAAAGUUUAAUUAUUGUCUGCACUGCGUUCUGCGGUCUUGAAACUCUACAUCAGUAUCCAGCUGAUGCUUUCAUGGGAGCCAAAAUUCAGUCUGUAUUGAAUUUUCUGCAACCAAAGCUUUUUGAUGGUUACAAGUUCUAUUUCAUUGGAGGUUUCAUCCCAUCAUACAAAGGCUAUCUGCAAGACCUUGUGAUUACUGCUGGAGGGAUAAUUCUUUAUGGAAAACUUGUAUCAGAUGACCAAAAUUCAGUGCCACGUCAUAUGCGUCCACAAGUACAAGAUAGAGAUUCAUGUUUUCUAUGGGGGAAGCAGUUGUAA